CGGCACACCUCGGCCCCACCCCUGGCGACCUGCCGGCUCGGCGCGGCUCGGCUCGGCCCAGCUCGGCCCAGGGCGCUCGCCGGGCGGCGGCGGCGGGGCCCUGGAUCGGCGGCUAAUACCCUACACAGAAAGUGAGACUGAAUAACAUGCACAUGCUGAUUACUGGAGGAGAUGCUGAAGGACAUCCUGUUUUGAUUUAGCAGUAUUAUCAUUCUUUGGGGUGAAAUGAAGAAUUUGAAUCUGGUUUGGAAAUAUUCAGAUUUCUAAUGCAACUGAACUUCAGUAGCCUUUUUUGCAGUUCAGAUUCCAACAAAUGAAUUUUUCUUAAAGAUGCAGAACCUGUCACUAGCAGAAAUUCUUACUAAGGCAGACAAAUCAUACCGGAUGUCUCUAAAAGACCCAGCAGAUGAAGUAGGUGGUAUGUCUCUCUAUGAAGGUGACUGUAACUUGAAUGAAAGGACAAAUAAUGAAGAAAUUAUUAAUCUUGAAGUAAUGCAGCAAAGCUUCCCUGUAGUGACUAGCAAAGGGAGAAGUUGUGAGGGGUUUUCUGAGAGCAGUUAUAGUACCUCAGAACCCAGCGGUUCCUGGGGUGAUUUUGAAGGCUUCGAGGAGUCCUUAGACAAAUCGGAGAGAUUCAGUCAUAAUCCUGAAGUUUUGCUGAAGUCAACAAAACCCUCUAGAGUUGAUACAGACUUAAGCAGCGGACAUUGUAGCACUUCUGUUGGUGACUUUUGUUCUGAGCCAUCUCUACACUGUGGGAUACGGGAUGCUUUGAGCUCUCUAAAUGAGGCAAACCACAGCUAUGAGGAUAUAUUUAAGUUGGGCUUUCCAGAAGUCUUUGUAUCUCAGUCCAGAGAGAGCAUAAGAAGCUUAGAUCAAGUACUUGAUACAAAUAAUGAAGAUGUUGGGAUUCCUGAACUUAUGAAGAAUCAACUUUGCAUCGAUUCUGGAAAUAUAUGGAGAACACUCAGAGACUUUGAUAAUACCCCCAGCUUAAGACAUCCCUGGAGUAAAUCUCAUUGCCAAGAAAACCUCUUGAGUGUUCUUGGAAUAGAUGCAAAUCAAAAGGACUUUUCAGAGCCCCUGGAUGGCAUUUUUGAGGAAUCAGAUGCUAAAGAUAACGACGACUUUGGAUUUGAUGGAUUCAGUAUUAAUAACUGCAGAGCACUGAUCCAGACCAAGCUUUCUGUAUCACCCGAUUCCAGACAUGGUCAUCUUUUCACCUGUAACCUCUUUUUGAAAACCACAUCGUCAAAUGGAAACAUGCAAUAUAUAACAAUCCCAAGGAAGAAGCACAUUUUUGCUACACACAACCUAAAAAUGAAAUUUUUCAGUAGUGAUGUUUGUUGAAUCAAAUGCACUUUUUUUCUUUUUUUUUUUCUUUUUAUUUUUUUUCCUUUUUGAACUGAAUGCUGUUUACCUUCAUUUUGUUACUGGCUUUGUACUAUAAGACUACAUAUGGUCUUUAGGAAAGUGACAUGUUACUGGAUAUGAGGUACCUAAAGCCACAUUAUUAGAAGAUAUUUAUCCUAUUUAGUUGUGAAGUCAAAGGUGUCAUUUUGUCCUACUCAGUUUUGCUGCAGGGUCAUCUCUUACAGUAAAUCCAGCUGCAGUCACACUUUAAAGAUACUCUGGUGGACUGUUCUCCUCAACUACUGACCUUUCAGGCCUUAAUGCUGCUUUGAUCAAAAACCUCGUUUCCCUGCCAAAAUCUAAACGCACCUCAGGGUGUGUUGUAAAGUGUGCCUUGUCACCAUCUCUCCUCAUAUUUGGUCUUGUUUGGAUCAGCUGAGGUCUGCUACUUUGCUACUGCUGAACAUACAGAGAGGAGCCUUCUACAUCUGGUGGCUUUCACCGGGGUUUACGAAAAUAAAACUCUUAACUCCUGUCUGAUAAAGCCUACUGUGGUGAUAUGGGUAGGGUCAGUGAAAUGUUUUGUUCUGGCAUUGGUUUUUAACUGAAAUAACUUGCCUCUCUGAAGCUGAUUUUAACAGGAUGUUUUGGAUUCAUUCAGCUACCAAACACUUAUACCAUGCAUAACCAUGCUCGUUAGAGCUUAACAGUGGUGUAGUUCAGAACUUGCACUGCACAAUGCUGUAAAUUGUUGCCCUUUUAAAACUUUAUAGUAACUAUCGACUAUGUUGCCCAUCUUCCUGCAUGCUUGCGUACCAGAGGGGAUGCACUUCGCUAUCAUUCAUAUAAUCUAUGGUGUUGCCUCGCCAACUCCAACAGCUUUAUUUAUUCAUUGGUAUGCAAGUUACUAAUCCAUUUACUGCUUUGGCCAUUCUGAAUAUGAGAAUUUUAUAUGGCUUUUUAUUUUAAAGAGUUGCUAAGUACUGCAACUGGUAUUUUAUGUGUUAAAGCAGGGAACAAACUUGGAUAUUCCAAAACUAAGUCAGUUAAUUAUUUAAUGAUGUGCCUAUUCUGUUCUUAGAAUUAAAAAUACUGUGAAGCACUGGCAGACUCCAACCCUUAAUCUAGUAAACUGUUCAGCAGUGAAAUUACAAUUGCUGUAAUAACUUGCAACUUUAGUAAUGUUUAUGAUACCUCAGUGCUAUUAGCAUAGGAUGAACUGUGUACUGGUUACUCAGUAAAUGGUAAUGGGCCAUUUGGAAAAGUGCUAUUUGGAAGUGGCUCAGCAGCUUCCCUGGCCCUAGAGGGAGUUGGGCUGUGCCAGACUGAAAAAUCCGUGUGGAUACAUGAGCAGGGUUAACUGUUUCACUUAACACUGGAUUUGAAUUAAUUUUCAGUUUCCCUUGUAAGUAAGUCUUUCAGAGCACUUAAACAUGUAUUAAAUAGGUUGUAGUCAUAAACUCACAAAAUAGUAAAUUGCCAGUAAAUGAUGAAUGGAUAGUUGAGGUUGGUAAUAAACAUUACUGAAAUCAAG